AUGGUUCUGGGUAUCCACAACCCACUGCCUUCGUCUUUGAGCAGUGAGUGCAAAAAGGCGUCUAAGAUCUUGACUUCAUUUAUCGAUCCUAAGAGCGCUUUUGGACCCGACAAGGUCAUUCCACCGGACGUCCUCGCAAAUGCAAAGGGACUGGCAAUUCUCACAGUCUUGAAAGCUGGCUUCAUCGGUUCUGGUCGAUUUGGAUCUGGUCUUGUCGUCGCUCGCCUUGGUGAUGGCUCCUGGUCAGCCCCGUCAGCUAUCAUGACGGCCGGCGGCGGCGUGGGUGGCCAGAUUGGAUUUGAAUUGACCGAUUUCGUCUUCAUCCUCAAUGAUGCGUCCGCUGUCCGCACGUUCUCUCAGGCCGGUACUCUCACGCUAGGUGGUAAUGUCUCGCUAGCUGCAGGACCAAUCGGUCGAAAUGCUGAAGCCGCUGGUGCGGCCAGCACCAAGGGCGUCGCAGCUGUCUUCUCCUACUCGAAAACCAAGGGUCUUUUCGCGGGUGUCAGUUUGGAAGGUAGUAUUCUGGUGGAGCGCAAAGAUGCCAACGAGAAGAUGUAUAAUAGCCGUGUCUCAGCAUCACAGCUACUCACCGGCUCCAUUCGACCCCCGCCCUCUACCGACGCCCUGAUGCAGGUCCUCAAAUCCAAUGCCUUCCGAGGCUAUUCCAGCAGAACGAACAGCACAUCUAUGUACAACAACGAUCCAAUCUACGAAGAUAGACAUGAUAAUUACGAUCGUCGCGAUCGCGCUAAUACAACUAAUGAGUACGAAUACCGUGACCGCCCGCAGCGAUCCAAUACAUGGGCAGAUAACACUUAUGAUCGACCCAACGGAGGCGGUGGAGUGGGUCGUUCUGCGACCUCGCGUAUUCAGGAAGAGGAUGGCUAUGGAAGAAACCGAAGCCAAAGCAACAGCUCUGGGUAUUCCAACAGACCCACCCGCCCUACUGCUCCCAAGCCUGUCUUUGCUCAACGAACAGGUCAAGCUGCUGAAUUACGUGCGGAUCAGGUGGUUGCGCUCUACACAUUCGACGCGGAUCAAGAAGGUGACUUGGGAUUCAAAAAGGGGGAGAUUAUUACAAUUUUGAAGCGGACAGAAAAGGCCGAGGAUUGGUGGACGGGUCGAAUUGGAGACCGAGUUGGUAUCUUUCCCAGCAACUAUGUCGAUACUUCCUAA